UCGUCUUGAGCGAGGUGUUCCCUCAUUCUGUGACAGCGGCGGCUGCGUUUAUGUCCAUGGAGAUUGGUCUGGUUUUGCAACAAGUGUUCAUUUAAUUUGUGUUUGGAGAUGAUUGUUCUAUGAUCGCAAACUGUUGCCUUAGAUUGCUGCUGCCUGACAUGCUAAAUAUCUUCAGCACUUCAGAUUUCCAACAACUACAACAUUUUGCUUCAAUUACUGUUGACCCAUGAUUCGCUGUCCAAAAAUGUCGGGCUUUUCUCACAACGCAACUCUCAGCUGGUAUCAUGCUUAAUGCCGUGCUGCUGUACUGCUGCGCUCUACAGGUUGUUUUCAGCUCUAGUACCAACAGAACUGAACUGGAUUCCAACGCCGUUAGGGAUGUGACCACAUACACCGACCUUCCAUUUCUCAGCAGGGGCAAAACCCUAUUUUCUGCUGCAGGUCCAUUGACUGAACCCAGAUUGGAUGGAGCAAUAGACUUGGUAAAGGAAGAUCAUAUGUCAGAGAAGAUGAUGCCCAAUCCUGAGCUAGUGUCCAAUGCAGUCAAGCUGGACAGAUCAGAGCGUUCACCCAGGAGAUGUGUGCGACACUUGGAGUCCUGCUUUGGUCAUACUCUGCCUUGUUGUGAUCCAUGUGCCAUUUGUUACUGCAGGUUUUUUAAUGCUAUUUGUUACUGCAGGAAAAUUGGUAGUGACUGUCACCAGGGCAAGAACUAGUUCUGUACUAUCUGCUGAUCGUAUAUCUGUUUAAGAAGUAUGUACACAGGUUCAUGUUGUAUUGCUUUCAGUGUGCAACUUGUAAUUUUGCAGUUGAAAUAAACUUAUCACUUAGAUAAGAAAGACAAACUUUCAGUGGAGUAUGGCCCAGGAUGUCACAGGAUGCCCUGAAAGUUGAAAUGACAAUAGAGAAUUUGGUCAUUUAUUUGGCAAGUUUAAAGCUCAAUUUUUAACAUAUGGUUAAGGGCAGUUACAAAAUUCCUUAAAUUUGCUACCAUAUGUCUUAGGCUUUGAUAUGUUGUAGAAUACAAAUGUAUAAUACAUAGAAAAUGUCUUUCUUUGCACUUUGAACAUAGACUUUAAUCCACAUGUUCUUAAACAGACUAACAGAAGAAAGAAUUGUAAUUUCAACUCUGCAAUUUCUUACCAAUUAAAAUUUUUAAUAUUGUUCAACCUUAAUUGAAAGCAAUGGCUUAGAGAGUACUCAUAUUGUUGAAUUACACUUUUGCUGAAGAUGCUGGUUGAAUCUCAGCCUGUUACAAAUUUAGGACCUGUGAUUGAUCAUCUCAUGGGUUCAGCAUCACCAGAUUUCCCUUAACUAAACAUCUCAUUGUUUAUGUUCAAGAUAACUCCUCCAUGACUUCUAAAGUUACAAUUGUG